GCUCUCGCGGGGCUGCUUUGUGAAGAUGGCGGCUGAACUGGUAGAAGCGAUGAACAUGGUGAAGAGUUUCCGGGUGUCUGACCUACAGACUCUGCUGGCCUCAAUGGGACGCAGUAAAAGUGGGCUAAAGCAGGACCUGGUGGGCAGAGCGCUGAGGCUCGUGCAGACGGAAUACAGCCCCGAGCUCCUGAAGCACGUCCGGCAGCUUUACGAGACGCGCUUCCCCAAGGCCUCCGGGUGGCUGGCCGCCCGCCGCCCAGAGGGAGUGACGGCGGUGUCCUACCCGACUCUCAGUUCCUCCCCCCGAGGCGCGAUGCAGGGCACAGACUACCUCAACGGCAUGCCCAAGCUGCCAGCUCCGCCGGCUGCCGAAGUUAAACUAGUGCCCUUACCUUUCUACCACAACUUAGAAACACUGUUGCCACCCACAGAGCUAAUUGCUCAAAACAGUGAGAAACUACAGGAUAGUCAGUGUGUUUUUGAAUUAACACAGAGCCAGGUGGACCAGAUCCGAAACUCCAGUGAACUUCGCCCAGGAGUGAAAUCAGUCCAGGUGGUUCUUAGAAUCUGUUAUACAGACUCUAUUGGUGUCCAGGAGGAUCAAUACCCUCCAAAUAUCGCUGUCAAAGUGAAUCAGUCCUACUGUCAUGUUCCGGGCUACUACCCGUCCAAUAAACCAGGUGUGGAACCUCGUCGACCCUGUCGUCCAAUUAAUAUCACCCCUUGGCUCCAUCUCUCCACAGCCACCAACCGGGUCACCAUCACAUGGGGCAACUUUGGAAAGAGAUACUCCGUGGCUGUGUACCUGGUGAGGGUCUUCACGUCUGCCGAGCUCUUCAACCAGCUCAAACACUGCUCAGUGGAGAGUGCAGAGCGAUGCCGCGAGCGCAUUCAGGACAAGUUGCGUUUUGAUCCUGAGAGCGAGAUAGCUACUACAGGACUACGAGUGUCUCUCAUCUGCCCACUGGUGAAGAUGCGGCUAGGGGUGCCGUGUCGGGCUCUCACCUGCGCGCACCUGCAGUGUUUCGACGCCGUCUUCUUCCUGCAAAUGAACGAAAAGAAGCCCACGUGGACCUGUCCCGUGUGUGACAAGCCUGCUCCGUACGAGCUGCUCACCAUUGAUGGCUUGCUGUCGGAGAUCUUGAAGGAAACGGAGGACGUGGAGGAGAUCGAGUACUUGACUGAUGGCUCGUGGAGGCCCAUUAGGGAUGAGAAAGACAAGGAGAGGGAGCGGGAAAGAAGCCACACUCCAGACUACCCUCUGGUGGAUAUAUGCGUCCCUGAGGCAAACGGCCACUCCCCAGCGCACAGCAGCACGAGCCAGACGGGGAAGUCGGCGCCGGGCGGGCCGGCAGUGGGCUCGGCCGGGACGGGCAGUACCUCGGGAGGUGGGGCCGUGGUGGACCUUACUCUGGACGACUCGUCAGACGAGGAGGGGGGAGGGGGGGCCGGGGACAGCGAGGACACGGAAGACAGCCAGGACAGUCCACCUCCUAAGAGGGGCCGAUACGAUUAUGACAAAGACCUGGUCACUGCGUACUGAGGCAGGAUGAAGUUGCAGACUGAGAGGGAUUGAGGGCGGGGGGGGGGG